GAUGCGGCUAUUUCGACAGCCUCUGGGUUGGUCCAGGGAUAUGUUGUGGUUGGUGGGGACGAUCGUCUGCGACUUCUGUUCACAUUCCUAAAGAAGAACCAAAAAAAGAAGGUAAUGGUUUUCUUCUCCUCGUGCAACUCGGUGAAGUUCCAUGACGAGCUCCUCAACUACAUCGACAUACCUGUUAUAUCCAUCCACGGUCAGAAGAAGCAGUCGGCUCGCAUGACCAACUUCUAUCGAUUCUGCCAAAUGGAGUCGGGUAUACUACUGUGUACGGAUGUAGCUGCAAGAGGUUUGGAUAUUCCUAAAGUUGAUUGGAUUGUUCAGUACGAUCCUCCAGAUGAUCCGAAAGAAUACAUUCAUCGUGUUGGGCGUACUGCUCGUGGCGCCGAGGGUACUGGUAAGGCCCUCCUCUUCCUCAUGCCAGAGGAGCUAGGUUUCCUGAGGUACCUUCGAAAAUCGGGCGUGACGACCCUCAACGAGUAUGUGUUCCCACCAGCUAAA